AUGGCGAGCCCUCGCUGCGUUGGGACUACAGCACCGCUGACUUCCUUUGAGGUGCUCAAAGCCUCGGCGGUCGAUGACCACAUAGACUUCACCGGCAAGGACGCCCAUUGGCCCGAUGCACGUGCACGCAAGAGCGGCCUCUUGGACCGCGCUUCUGCACUGGCUGCGAUGCAGAACCUGCCACAGUUUCUUCAGAAGCUGCCAAAGGCCGAGCUGCACGUCCACGUCGAGGGAACUCUCACCGCCGAGCGCGCCCACGACAUUGCCGUGCGCAACAGGCUGCCAAACGCGGCCGCAUUCGACCCAGCCAAGGCAGCGGCGGCGAGGGCCGGCUACGUGGAGGGAGCGGACGUUCAGGACUUCUAUGACGUGAUGACCGACUACCUCCGUCGAGCGGCUGCCGACGGCGUCGUCCGCGCCGAGAUCUUCUUCGACCCGCAGACGCACUGCUUCGGUGACGCGGCGCGAGACCCGACCGGCGUGGGCCCCGCCAAGCUGCCGUACGGCACGGUCCUCAGUGGCUUGUGGCGCGCGGCGGAGGACGGCCGCGAGGCACUCGUCGUGUGGUUGGCUGUUGUGGGAUCGGGUUUCGGGGCGUUCGGCGUCGAAUCUGCCCUCAUCCUCUCCUUCCUGCAGGACCGCUCGCUCGAGGAGGCGAUGGCGGUGCUAGACGAGGCGCUCAAGCCGGGCAACGUCAGCAAGAUCGUCGGCGUCGGGCAGGACAACGGGACGGGGCGCGCGGGCACACAGAGCGCGGCGGCGGCCCGACUGCGUCCUACCUCCAUCACCACCUCCAUCACCACCGUCUGCCACGCCGGCGAGGAGGAGGGCGCGGCGAACGUGGCGAUGGCGCUGGACACGCUGCAGGCUGGGGAGGGCCGCGACGCGUCCGUCGUCGCGCGGCUCGCCAGGCAGGGCACGCCGCUCACCGUCUGCCCGCUCUCCAACCUCCGCAUGCAGAUCCAGGCGCACACCCACCGCUGA